UGAUCGCCACCGCUUCCGGGGCGGGGUGAGGCGAGGCGAGGCGAGGUGUGCCGCUGGAGUGGCGGUGCUUCAGCUCGCUCCCGGCCUGUGUCUCCGCGCUCCCUGCUGCAAUGAGCUUCCUCAAAAGUUUCCCGCCGCCCGGCUCGGCUGAGGGGCUCCGGCAGCAGCAGCCAGAGACUGAGGCUGUGCUGAACGGCAAGGGCCUCGGCACCGGCACCCUUUACAUCGCUGAGAGCCGCCUGUCUUGGUUAGAUGGCUCUGGAUUAGGAUUCUCACUGGAAUACCCCACUAUUAGCUUGCAUGCGGUGUCCAGGGACCUAAAUGCCUAUCCACGAGAACAUUUGUAUGUUAUGGUGAAUGCCAAAUUUGGAGAGGAAUCAAAAGAAUCUGUUGCUGAGGAAGAAGAAGAAGACGACAGUGAUGAUGAUGUUGAACCUAUUGCUGAAUUUAGAUUUGUGCCUAAUGAUAAGUCAGCAUUGGAGGCAAUGUUCACUGCAAUGUGUGAAUGCCAGGCUUUGCAUCCAGAUCCUGAGGAUGAAGAUUCAGAUGAUUACGAUGGAGAAGAAUAUGAUGUGGAAGCACAUGAACAAGGGCAGGGAGACAUCCCUACAUUUUACACCUAUGAAGAAGGAUUGUCCCAUUUAACAGCAGAAGGCCAAGCCACAUUGGAGAGAUUAGAAGGAAUGCUUUCUCAGUCUGUGAGCAGCCAAUACAACAUGGCUGGAGUUCGGACAGAAGAUUCAAUAAGAGAUUAUGAAGAUGGGAUGGAGGUAGAUACUACACCAACAGUUGCUGGACAGUUUGAGGAUGCAGAUGUUGAUCACUGAAAAUGAUUUAUGCUGCUGUGGGAAAUGAGCAAUAAGAAACAAAAACUGCUGUGGACAAAAAGAAGGAUGAAAUAAUAAAGACCAGGCAUCCUCACAUUCAUUUAUAGUUACAAUUUAUAAUCAGGCGUAAGAGAGAUGAUGAAACAAAAUCAAGAAAUGCUGAUAACUUAUACACCUGUUUUAUAUAUCUGUUUUUUAUAUAUCUUACAUAUCUGUUUUUAUAUAUCUGUUUUAUAUAACUGAUCCAGAUAGUAAUAACAGGAAUACAAUUUGUGGAUAAUUUUAAAACUAUAUUUAUUACAGGUAUCCAUUGUUUCAUGAGAUGCUCUUCUGCAAAAUGAGUCAAAUUUGGAAAAAAAAAAUUCCUUUAGCACGAAAGAAAGGCAUUGUUUUUUUUUUUUUUUUUUUUUUUUUUAAGUAAUCUCUAUAUCCAGUGUGGGGCUCGAACUCACAAUCCCAAGAUCAAGACUCGCAUGCUUUACAGACUGAACCAGCCAGGCACUCUUGAAAAAUUAUUUAAAAAAAAAAAAAUUUUUUUUUUUAACGUUUUAUUUAUUUUUGAGAGAGACAGAGACAGAGUGUGAGCGGGGGAGGGGCAGAGAGAGAGGGAGACACAGAAUCUGAAGCAGGCUCCAGGCUCUGAGCUGUCAGCACAGAGUCCGAUGUGGGGCUGGAACUCACGAAUGGCGAGAUCAUGACCUGAGCUGAAGUCGGAUGCCCAACCGACGGAGCCACCCAGGCGCCCCAGAAAAAUUAUUUUCUUAAUGGAAGGAAUGACUCCUCACUUUUUGGCCCAUAUAUCUGAGGGUUUCUUAAGGUGGUAUCAUGCAUGGAACGGACUACCCUUAACUACGUAAUUUUGUUUCUUUGAAGAUAAAAAGUUCUAAAGGAUACUGUACACAUAAAGCGUUAUUUCAGGUAUGUUAACUACCUUUUUCAUUUUCUUUUUGUACAUACUCUGGCUUUGGUAAUUGACAUGUUACAGUGAUACUUCCUAUCAUAUUUUAAGAUACCCUAAUCUUUUAAUCAUAUUAAUAAAAAUAUGCUUACCUAA